UUCAUUUGGGGUGGUAUUGGUGGAGCUUGUUACAGGGAGAAAAGCUGUGGAUCUCACGCGACCUAAGGGACAGUAGUGUCUUACUGAGUGGGCACGACCUCUGUUGGAAGAAUAUGCCAUUGAGGAACUGAUUGAUCCAAGGCUGGGGAACCAAUACUUAGAAAAUGAGGUAUAUUGCAUGUUGCAUGCUGCAUCAUUAUGCAUACGGCGAGAUCCUCAUUCUAGACCACGCAUGUCACAGGUUCUUCAUAUACUGGACGGCGACAUGGUCAUGGACACAAGUUACAUUUCAACUCCAAGUUAUGAUGUGGGAAACCGGAGUGGCCGACUCUGGUCGGAGCCGCUGCAGAGGCAGCACCAUUACAGGGGUCCUCUGUUAGAGGAGUCACUUGAAUCAUUCAGUGGGAAGCUAUCUCUUGACAAAUAGAGGCCUGCAUAUUGGGAUAGGGACAACAAAGCAAGAAGGACUUCAUGUGAAGAUGACAUUUAGAAAGGGGUUGAUACUUGAUCAAAAUUGAGAAUUG